UGAUGUGGUGUGGUGUUUAACUUUUUCGACAAGUUCAGGGAAGGCACGAUUCAACAAAGUGGGCCCGAGCUCACACUCGAGACCGCGGCUCCACGCAUCCAUGGGCGAUGCGUCCCGCUACGUGUCACCGACCAUCAGCAACCACUGCCCCUCGCGCCUUCACCACCGUAGUCCGUCAAUCUUGCAGGCAAGAUGUCGGAAAAGCAAAAGGGCAUCUCCCUCCGCAAGAAGCGCGGGGACAAGAGCAAGAAGAACGCGCCGCCGCCCACCAUCAGCGCGCCGCGACAGAUUAGUGCGCCCAUGCCAGCCGGCGUCGCUGCUGCUUCACUCCCCAGCUCCGGACGUCCUUCGAACGAAUCCAGCCGCUCGAGGACCAGGCAAGAUGCUCCCCAGUCACGCCCGCAGCGACCCGACAAGACGGCCGAUCUGGUCAAGAGGAGGUACUCCCAGAAGAUCACGACGCUGCCUGGCGACUUUGGGAAUGGAGAACCCAUGCCGCAGAUGCCAAAGAUGCCCGCCCAGUACAGAGAGAAGAGCCAGACGAGAGAGGGACGGCCGCCUGGAAGCUCCAAUGGACGGGUGUUGCAGGUUGACCCACGAGCAUUGAGGGACCCCAACCUGGAAGUAGAGCGAUAUGUAUCGACCAUCCUUGCAGACGCCUCCGAGGCCGACAUCAACCGCUACCAAGAUGAACUGCGCAAGACGAAACACCGUACAUCCCUCGACCUACAGCAUAACGUAUACCAGAACCGCACACAAUUCAUCAAGAUCAGUAAGGAGGCAGAGAAGCUCAAAGGCGAGAUGCGAACACUUCGUCAGUUGAUGUCAGACCUGACCACUACACUGGAACAGACGGCUUCAGCUACAGGCGCGAACGACGCUGCAAGCUCCCGAAGGGCCAACCGAAGCUCCAUCGGAGACCUCAACCAACUUCGCGCUGGUCAGCUGCAGCAGCUCUACAGAGACGUCGAGGGUUCGCAAAAGUAUCUACCGCCUAUACCUGGGCGAUAUAUUGUGUGGAAGUCCACAAGAUGGUUUGAACUCGACUCUGCGACCCUCAAGGCGAGACGAAGAGUGCGGCUACUGCUACUGAAUGACCAUCUCCUUAUCGCAACGGAGAAGAAAGCGCGAAAUGACGUCCCUGGUCAACGUGAUGGCAACAGAGCAAAUAUGGAAUUCAUGGCCCAACGAUGCUUCCCACUGCAAGAUACUCAGGUGAUUAGGACACCCGAAGAACGCAUCAUCAUUCGCGCUGGCUCCGAGUCCUUCACGUACGACACCAAGAAAGAGGAUAGCGGCGACAAGUCCGCUUUCGUUGCUACCUUUCGUAAAACCAAAGAUGACUUGCGCAAGAGCCAAGAAGCGGAUGUGCAAGAGAAAGAUCGAACGCAAGACUCUUAUAGCCAUCUCCUUUCACGCGACCCUGCUUUCAUGAACAGAACGGAGUUGUUGGAUAACCUUUCUGACGGCAUCAACAACGAACAAGUUAGUACGUUUAUCGAUAUGGAUGGUCAGCAGCGCAACAUCCGGUGGGUGGAAAGUCAACUAGACGACUUAGACAUUGAGAUUGCGCUUCAACACUUUCAAGAAGCAGUCCUGAAAGUCGAUCGCCUGAAAGCGCUUGCGAAGAACAUCAAAAGCAACGAGAUGGCCAAGACAAUCGUCACAUAUAAAGUCAACGAACGUGCUGCUAAGCUGGCGAAUGUUUUGGUCAAGCAUAUGGUAGAGCAUAACAACUGGUUCACGUCCGUCAGGCAACACGUCAGCUGGGUUGUCCAACUAGGUUUCGAAGACCGCGCACGAGAGGCCUAUCUGGAAGCUCGUGGUAAUCUCAUCAAGACUCGCACGCGGCAAUGUAUAUUCGAAGGUAACCUUCCCGACUACAUCUUCCAAACUUCCUACAUCUAUUUCACCAUCAUCAAAAACACUGUCGACAUGUUUCAAAAAUGCUUCCCACAACAGCUCAUGUCCGCUUGCGUCAAAUGGGCGAAAGAGCAUAUUGACCAAUUCAACAUAUUAUUGAAGAGGCAACUCAGUAGUGUUGAUGAAGGCGGCAAUGUGUGGAACGAAUGCUUGAGGCUGGCACAUGAACAUGCAGAAAUGCUGAGAGAGGUCGGAUUGGACUUCACCGAACUGGUCGGAAACGGAAUCGGUGGACAAGAUGAUGAAGAAGCACAUGCUCCUGUAGGUUUGGGAGUGUCUGCAUAAGCCUUCGAGCGUGCAGUUCACGACCAAGUAGUACGUCCGUGUAUAUAUAAUGCCAACUAUUGAUCUGUGACACAGUCUAUCGUUCAUAUGAUACUCGGGC